AUGUGUUCAAUUCCUGGUCUCCCAACACCCGGAUCACAAGUAUACGUUCUCAUCGCAAGAGUCAAUCUAAAUCCGACUCGAGGCCUGCUGGAAUUAUGGGUAAACUUGGACGAUGAAAGGAAAGACAUUCAUGACAAGAUGAGAGGGGACAUUCAGACCCCCCAGAGGAAGUUUUCCGCCUCCGAAGGAACGCUGGGCGACCUCUGCCUGGUCUGCAUCAGCGACACGUGGCACCGAGCCAGAAUCCUCUCGGCCGAGAGCGACACUUGCAGCGUUUCUCUGAUCGACCAGGGCCAGCCCCACGUCGCCACUCGAGACGCUCUGGCGUGGGGCCCGUCAGAGAGUUUCCUCCCCCCACCCGAGACCGAGUCCUGCAUCCUCGCAAACGUCCUCCUCCUCAAGAACGAGUUGCCUGAAAGAGUCGCAAAGUUUCUGGGUUUCCUGCCCGGCAAGCGGAUCAGGGGGCUGGUUCACCACGUGCUGAUGCCCGACAGGAUCAUCCUCCUCGAGAUACCGUUUCUUUGCAAAUACAUGUGCAAGAUCGGUGCCGCAGAGGAGAUCGAUGUGGGCAAAUUUAAAGCAUAUGUGCAAAACUAUCUGCAUGCGGUCAAAGGAGACCCUGCCGAGGUCUCUGGUUUAACCAAGGAACCGAAUCUGGAUCCUAGUCGUCAACUCGUCCGCUACUUCUACCCCGAGCUGUCGACCGGCACCUUUGAAAACGUUAACGUAACCAAUGUAACUGAUCCAGAGAACAUCUUUUGCGAGCUCCUAAUUUUUUCCAAGGCAAUGAAGCUGCUGUCCGAUCAGCUCCGCCAGCACUACGAGGAGAGUUCGGUCCUCGAAGACGUUCACCCGCGGCGCCGUGGGGAUCCGUGCGCUGCCAGUGGGAGCGACGGCAGGUGGCGCCGCUCUCUACUCGAGCAAGACGUCGCGAGCGACGACUGCGUCGUGGGGGUCUUCCACGUGGACGAAGGACGAGCCGAGUCCGUGAACAUCGGAGACGUGAGACCGUUGCCGGGGAUGUUCAUAAGGAUGCCGGUCGUCACGUAUCUCUGCUCGCUGAGCGGAUUGAAAGCAACCGGACGAGAGUGGACCGCGGACGAGACGGAUCUCUUGAAAUCGCUGCUCCUGAAUCAGACUGUCACGGCGAAAUUCGACCAUUACGAUCAACUCCGAGGCGUCUACCAGGCGACGCUCUAUGCAGCCGACGGUUCGUGCAUCAACGAUGUUUUCCUCAACAAUGUGGAACAAGAUCCAACCGUCAACGACGAGCCCCUGUUCCUGGGAAGCAAGCUAAUCAUGGAUUUACAUCACCGAGGCACCGAAGCUGAAGGUUUACUGGGACAAAGCCGAGCGUUCGCUGUGGGGACGAGUGUCGGCGUGAACGUCUCCAGCAUCGAAAGUCUGCAGAGGUUCUGGUGCCAAACGACGGAGAGCGCUGACUCUCUGGACCGCCUCACACAGGACCUGCAGAACCACUACGCUACAUCAGCUCAUCCUCAACCUCUAGUCAACUCCAUCUAUGCCGCUCGUAACCCCGACGACGGCAUGUGGUGCAGGGCCAAGAUCAUCGUGGGUCCCGAGUCCCCCCUCGUGGAUCUGAGAUUCAUCGAUUGUGGUCGAACCGGGACGGUCCCCCUGCGAGACCUUCGCCUACUGGACCCGGCUUUCCUGAAGCUGGAUCCGCAGGCGGUUCAGUGUUGCCUGUUCGGUCGGAGGAAUCCCACCGACGACUCCGCCACCGCUCGGGCCGAUGAUGAAGUGGCCAAAUUUCGGAGGUUUGUGGAGUCCAGCGUGUCGUCGGGGAUCGGGUUGAAAUGCGUCAUCAAAGACGUGACGUCUGACGGCGACGGCCGGGAGCUCAAGGUGGUGGACAUUGAAUCUGGGUCGGAGAGUGCGUGCCGACUCCUGGAGUCCGAGGACAUGCGGCAAGUCCUGUCGGACGGUUACGACUACGCCACUAGCAAUAUUGACGUGGGUGACAAAGAAAAAGUCUUGGUUACCUCGUCGGAGAAUUUUGGGCUGUUCUACUGCCAACUCUGCAGGAAUUCACGCUUGGUCGAGAAGAUAAAAAGUGACGUUGCAGAACUCGUAGCUCGGCCUCGGAGCUCGGAUCGUCCCCUUGGACUCGGCAGCGCUUGCUUGGUCCGGUACGAUGACGACGAGUGGUACAGAGGUCGAGUUGUAGAAGUAUCCCCAAAACCUAGAGUGCACCUGGUGGACUACGGAGACACCCUGGUGGUGGACGAAGCAGACGUUCGCCCCUUUCCUCCUGAAGUGAGCAACGUCAGAUCCGUUCCCGUGCAGGCGGUUCCACUCGGUCUCUUCAAGGUCCCUGCAGAGACGCACCGGAAACUCAACCAGUGGUUCAUGGACCAUGCUGUCGGACACACUUUUACGAUGUCCGUCGCAGCGAAAGGGGAAGGAGGGACGCUGCUCGUCGAACUGUUCGACAGAUCCGUAAAUGUAAACGUGUUAGCCAGAAAGGAAAUCUCAAAAGUCCACAACGACUGUGGUUUUAUCCCGCAGGUCUCCAAAAACCCGCCAGAAACUGAAGACUGCUCAGAACGAGACCUCGCCGUACCAUUGAAGCUGGAAGGAACGAGCCCUCCUCGUCAUGUCCUUGAACAAGAGUCGCUCGUCAUCGACGUAGAAAAAGCAUCUUCAGCUGUCAUUCUUGAGCACGAAGAGACUUCCUCCGAGGAUUCCCCCUCCUCCCGCCACUACUCGUGGCCGAACAUUUCUGGAACCAGAACCACAGACGUGUACGCCUCCUGCAUCGUUGGGCCAGAGUACUUCUGGUGCCAGUACUCCAACCAGCCGGACCUCGCCGUGGUGUCCAGGCUGGCCCAGGAGGCGGGGCAGACGCCCGGCGAGGCGGCUCCUCCCGAGCCGCUGGAGCCCGGCAGUCCUUGCCUCGCUCGGUUCUCCGGCGAUGACCAGUGGUACAGGGCUCAGGUUCUCCAAAAGACCGACGUCGGAGUCCACGUUCUGUUCGUCGACUACGGAAAUGAGUCUGAUAUCGACAUCGGCAACGUGAAGUCGAUGCCACCGAGCCUGCUGGGGAUGGCACCUCAGGCGUUUUUGUGCCGUUUGAGCGGCUACGACGAGUCCGAGGGCUCCUGGGGUGACGAAGUUUACGACGACUUCUACAACGUCUUGGUCGACAAGCUCCACAGGGUGACUGUCCUCGAUAGGGAACGCGGUGCCGAGGGUCCGGUUCCCCAAUAUAAAGUGAAAAUGGUACGUGGUGAUGUCGUCAUUAAUGACCUGAUGCAGAAACACUGGAAACCUUCUUCAGGAGACGGUUCUGAACCUGAAACAGAAAGCCUGCCUCCGGUUAUUCCCGCUGAAGACGACGGAAACCCUUCGGAGGAGGAUGCAGGUACUUGCUCGCCCAAGAGGGGUGAUCACUUCCAAGCGGUGUACGCUACUUGCAUUGCCGAGCCGUGUUACUUCUGGUGUCAGCUCGCCAACGAGGAGGACCUACACCAGGUUUCUCAGCUCGCCCAAGAGGCUGGACGGGCGCCACAGGACGAGACCUUCCUCCAGAACCUCGGCAGUCGAUGCCUCGCUCUGUUCCCCAGCGACAACCAGUGGUACCGGGCUCGGGUAGUCGGGAAAACCCAAAACAACCUGCAGGUUGUGUUCGUCGACUACGGGAAUGAGUCUGAGGUGGACUUGGACGGCGUGAGGCCGUUGACUCAGAGCCUGCUGGAGAUGAGUCCUCGGGCCCUUCUGUGCCGGCUGAACGGGUUCGAUGAGUCCAAGGGCUCCUGGGACGACAAGGCCUACGAUGAUUUCUACAGCUUGCUGGUGGACAAGCCACUCGGCCUGACGGUGGUCGGCGUGGGCAAACACCCAGAGAUUGGAGUUCCUCACUAUGAAGUUGAAAUCGAAUGUGACGGAACGGUUGUGAACGCAGUGAUGGAGAAACACUGGAACGCAGUGGACACCAGUGAUGUCACUUUGGACCCAACUUGCCAGCACAAAACUGGGACCAUGGAGGAGAAUUUGGGGAUUUAAAAUCAUGAUUUCCUCAAUGAUGGGAAG